AAGCUUCAGGUCUUUUAUUUUCAGUUCUAGGAAUAGAAAUAGUGAUUCAUUGUGUUGAGAUGUCUUCGACAACGGCUCAUGACAUUCAAUACAUGCAGACUGGUCGCGAGGAUAGCGUCGGAACUGAAAUGAAACCUUUAAAUGACGAAUCAACCCAGAACUUUUCCCAAAUUAUCGAUCCUCCCCGGAAACCCGUGGCAACAGGAAGAAAAUAUAGUUUCGAAUCUUCGGAUGACGACAUUUUGACGUCAGACGAUGACGCAGAUUAUCAUUUAUCUUCCACAACUUCCAGUGAUGACGAAACAAUCGCAAGCGGUGGGCUUUCAUCUUCCACUGACCUCACUGUAAACAAAAAUCUAACUAACAUUGCGUCAUCAACAAACAAAAACAAUGACGUCAUAAAUAAGUCGUCAUUACUCAAGCUACCAUCAACACCACGUAAUCAGUUGCAACAAAAAUCUAAUCCGACGAGAUCAUCCUUUAUGGACGUAGUGAACGAGAUCUAUGACGAAACAACGGACAUACCUGCCCAGAACAGACUCGGGCCAAAACCAUGGUUGAUGAGGCGAACGCUACUGCCCAAACCGAAGGGAAAUUACCAAGUGAGCGAUAUAGAUUUCGGCUUCAGACCCAAACAACAGCACACAGUGAAAGCAACUCCAAAACAAGAACCAAAAUCUCCGGUUAACCAACCUACGAUACCGGAUACCGUUACGAAAUUGACUACUGUUACCAAACCGGAUAGUGCACCGGCACCAUCAACCAACCAGCAACCUUCUCAAACCAUAGACGAACCUUUGUACUCUGUACCGACAUCUCGAGGACGGAUUUCUAGCGGAAGUACUGGAAAUGUAAUCAGCGAUAAUGAAAAGCCAACGAAAUAUCCAUCAGAAACAGACACUGGAUUUGUAUCGAACGCGUCAUCAAACCCGUCGCCUAGCAACAGUUCUCAAAACAUUUCGAGACUGCCCUCUAGUGACGAAGUUAGUAAAGAUGAUUUUUACAAAAUAGCUUUUGUCAACCCUUCUGUACAGACCUCCCCAAGUUAUAGUACCCGAAGUAUUUCAAGACUGCCAUCUAGCGAUGAAAAAUCACUGGUCGCCGACAAAAAGAACGCACAGGAGCUGGCGAGAGCUGCUAUCCAAGCUUUAUCGCUGUCGAAGAAUAUUCUGCAAGAUAUGGAGAAAGAUAAAGACAAAGUUGAUCCUCGUCACCCGGACACCAUAUAUGACGAAGUUGCUCUUUCACCCAUGACGUCGGAUAAACGAAACGUAUAUGAUGACGUACCAGCCCACGAUGACGUCAAUCGAAAAGAUAACAAAAGAACAGUAAUAUCGGUUCCAGUUUUCAAGCCUCCUCCCCCUCCAACGAGAAAUGAUAAGAACAACGUCAUUUCCUCUGAGCCAAUCUAUGACAUCACAAGACAGGCACCUAGGAAUGUGUCCAGCGGAGCAGUGGAUCUCAUGUAUCAGUUGUUUGGGAAAGACAUGACCGGAUAUAACCAAACAAAUACUCACUAUGGAAGGCCAGCGAGUGUCAAGUCUGUCACAUUUGAAGACGACAUAAAACCGCCAGACGACGGUUUCCCAUCUCGACCUUCUAGUCGGGCUGGUUCAGUCUACAGCGAAUGGAGUGACUGCACGAUCAAUCUCCCAGAAGCCCCUGAAUCAGAAGCCUCCACUCUUCCUAGAAACACCGCUGUUGACUUCCCCACAUACCCACAAAUAGGAUUCUCAAACUUACCCCCAAAUAAUCAAAUGCCAAACUUACCCCAUCAAACCCCACAGCAAUUUACACCCCAGUAUCCCCCAAUUCAAAAUCCCCCAUAUCGCCUCCAAGACCCCUCCAGAUUCCCUCCCAACUACCCCCAGGUUCCGAAUCAAUACCCAAACCCCAAUGGAGCUUACAACCCACGUAACCCCAUGUUUCCACAACAAGGCACUUUUUCUCCUCCCCAGGGGCCAUUUACACCCACACAAGGCCCAUAUCCCCCAAAUUCGGUUUAUGGCUCGACGGCUAAUCCCUCGAUACGGAGCCCAAUUUAUGGGUCCCGUAACCCGUAUCAAGCAAUGGACCCGAACAUGGGGCCAUACUCUCGGCCCCCACAACAUGCUUUUUCACCCCCACGGCACUGGGGGGGAUUUUCCCCUCCUCAACAUCAACGUCACCACCACGAACAUUUUCAUAAACGUGGAAGAACACACGCACGAGGCGGCGGAAGACGUAGAGGUCGAAGGUCACGGCGACCUCGCUACAGCGACGAUGAAGAUUUUUCACGAUCUCCGUCACCAUUACGUCAUCAGUAUCGUGGCGUCAUUAACGCAGAAAAAAUUGCUGGAAAAUCGUACUUGGAUGGAUAUAAAGCUGCUUUAAAGGAUGCGGUGAUCACAUUUGCAGAGAGACAGGGACUGAAGCAGAUAACUGACGCUGCCGAUCACAAAGAAGAUCGAAUUCACGGGCGUCUUCGCCGAGCAAUAUCAGCUGGUCGAAUACAUGAGCUGCCGGAUAAUGUGGAACUCGGGGAUAUAAGAAAAGCAUUUGCCGUCAAACAAGACAAAUCCUACUCUGAUGACGACAUAGAUGACGUCAUUGGCAAUUUUGAUGACGUCUUGGGUCACCCAGAUGACUUCAUCAUUCCAUCAUCGGGUCGUCCUCAUUCUCGAAACGGAAGUCCACAAAGAAACAAAAGACGACGUCAUCAACGUUACUAUAGAGAUGAUGACGUAAUCGAUGACGAUUUUUCUGGUAGUGAGCAUGGAGAAUCUUGCGAUUGUUCAGAAUGUGAAGAGGAGUUUGAAAUUGCAGCAAGGUUUCAUGAGGGGGAAAUGAUGACGUCUCGACCACGUCAUUCAAAUGAGCAGGGUAGAGGUCGAGUGGCGAACGACAAUCCGAGGUCUUCUCCAAGGAUGCAGGGACUGAGACAGAGAUACAUGGAGUCGUUGGAAUCAUCAGCCAGCACAGCCCGGGCCCCUGUUCGGGCAAGUCAAGAUGAUCCGCGAGAUGUCAGCCAAGGGUUUCAACCACAUGAUAAUCGCAGAAUGAGACAAAACCAUGAUGUCGUCCAGCCGAACAUGCAAGGACCAAGGUUUAGAAACGAUUCUCACAACUCGAAUUUCCACGGGCCACCGAUGACGUCAUACAAUCAACGAGGAGGCUACAGAGCAGUGCCACCUAUGGAUUGGAACCGUAGAAAACGAGUUCAGUUUGGAUAUCAAUAACGGCAUUCUCAAUUGUGACGUCACUAUCACCAUCAAGGAUUUCAUCAUCGUUAUGAUUGUCAAUGGGAGAUGAGCAACACAGCCUGUUCAUGCUAGAAAAAACGGCAAUUUUGUAACAUUUAUUUGCAUUUCUGAAAUAAAUUAUAUUGAAGUAUCAAA